GUCAGGCCAAGUUUGGACACCGUACAGGAAGUAAACAUAAGAUGGGUCACGGCGAAGGAGUUGAAUAGGAAAUUGAAAAAUUGUUUUAAAAAUAAUCGAAAUGGACCGCUUUUCGUGGUCAAAUGGUCUCUUAGAAAUAAACGAAACUUUAGUGAUCCAGCAACGAGGUGUCAGGCUGUAUGACGGUGAUGAUAAGGCUAAGUUGGAUGUUGGAGUUGUCUUGUUGAGCACCCAUCGGUUGAUCUGGAGGGACCUUAAAAACCAUGAAUGCUGUAUAGCCAUGCCCCUGUCACAGAUCAUCUUCUUUGAAGAACAGGCUGCAGGAAUUGGAAAGAGUGCAAAAAUAGUUAUCCACCUGCACCCAACAACUGCCAAUAAGGAGCCAGGUCCCUAUCAACACAGCAAGUACUCCUUCAUCAAGCUGUCCUUCAAAGAACAUGGGCAGAUCGAGUUUUACAGGAGGCUAACAGAGGAAAUGACCCAGAAGAGAUGGGAGAAUACACCAGUUUCACAACCAAUCCCCACAGGCACCAGCUUUCAGGCAGGAAGGACUCGUGCAGUGGGGAUUGUUGGCAUUGAGAGAAAGAUAGAGGAGAAGAGGAAAGAAACAGACAAAAAUAUUUCUGAGGCCUUUGAGGACCUCAGUAAGCUCAUGGUUAAGGCCAAAGAGAUGGUGGAGUUGUCCAGAUCAAUAGCCAACAAGAUCAAAGACAAGCAGGGAGACAUAACUGAAGAUGAGACAAUCCGAUUCAAAUCAUACUUACUGAGCAUGGGUAUUGCCAACCCUGUUACCAGGGAAACGCAUGGAUCAGGUACACAUUACCAUUUGCAGCUGGCUAAGCAACUGGGAGACAUGCUACAGGCCCCUCUUGAGGAGCGUGGUGGUAUGAUGGCUCUCACUGAGGUUUAUUGUCUUGUCAACCGCGCCAGAGGGAUGGAGCUUUUAUCUCCAGAAGAUUUGGUAAACGCAUGCAAAAUGUUUGAGUCGUUGAAACUCCCGUUGAGGCUGCGUGUGUUUGACAGUGGUGUGAUGGUGGUCCAGCUGCAGUCUCACAGUGAAGAGGAAAUGAUAGCCUCAGCACUGGACAAUGUGUCGGACAAAGGCUCUUUGACAGCAGAGGAGUUUGCAAAGCUGCUGGGUCUCUCCGUUCUUCUGUCUAAAGAGCGGUUGUUGCUAGCUGAGAAGAUGGGCCACCUGUGUAGAGAUGACUCUGUUGAGGGUUUGAGAUUCUUCCCAAACCUCUUUUGACCUGUUUACGGUCAUUACUGUUGAGAUACCAACUUAAACAGAAAAGCUCAAGGUCAUCAAAACAGUCUUCGUAUGUGUGCACACUGAUGCACAGCAGGCACUCCGCUGUUGUACUUGAGCACAGCGGUCUAUCUCAUCCAGUUUGGUUAUGAUUUCUGAAAAGUGGGUGUUCUGUCAGUAGUAUAUCUCUGCAAAUCCACUGUAGAUACUACUUUCUGGAUCUAAGAAAAAAAGUAUCAAGUAUGAAGCAGGUACUUUUCUAGAAACUAUAAAUUGCAGAUACUGUACAUGCAGAAAAAUGUUUCCAGAUUUACUGUUUUUGGUGGAGUGAGCAUGAUGUGUGAGUGAUCAUCACCCCUAAUGGGAUGUUUUUUUUACACUGCUCUGAUUCUCUGACGACACAUUCUUGCAAUGUACAGAUGCACCUUUUUACAAGUAGCGUGUGCUGUUCUGAAAAGCCCAUAGCCAUUGAUCACAUGUUUCCCUAAGUGAAAAAUGCAUUUAUGUAAUAAAUGAUUCAGGAAUGAA